AUGAAACUUGAGGAUAACGAUCAGCACUUCUGUCCCGCAUUCAAGGAAUUCUCCACUCCGACCAAUUUUCGACCCAUUUAUUUCGGUGAAGCAGCUGGAAGAUCACUGUUCCAUAAAGCGACGCCUGAAUACAUCAAAAAGAAAAAGGUAAGGAAAGUUGCAAAAUCAGUUGUGAGCCUCAGGUUGAAGAGCGGGCUCUAUACUGCUUUGCAUUUCUCAUGCAAGGAGCAUCAGAUGCACAUCAGCGAGCCCGAAUUUUACAAAGAAGUGGAUUCACUGUGUGGCUCAUUUACCAAAGAGAUUGUUGUGCCAAAUCAGCCGUUGCGACGGCGACGAACACCCGAACCACUGCCACUACCCGAAAAUGAUCUUUUCGAAUAG